AUGGAAUGUUCCGGAUGGAGUUUACUUUUAAACAACAACGAUGAUGAUAAUGAUGACGAUGGGCGUGGUGUUGGUAGUGGUGGUGGUAGUGGUGGUAGAAAUGGCGAUUGUGGUUGUGGCGCUUUGGGAUUGGAAAGGAAUUAUAAAUCAUUGGAUGUGGAAUUCCCCUCAAGAAAAGACCUAUUUGCUGAUAAAGAUUCUCAUCAUUUCAACAGCCACAACAACAACAACAACAACAACAACAACAACAACAACAAUAAUAAUAAUAAUAAUAAUUAUCACAAGAGGCACUUGUUCAACUUCAGAACAACAUACAAGGCAACGGAAAUGUUGAAGAAUAGAUUGCUGAUUGCUUGGGUCAAUGCAAAAAAUGGUUGGGUCAGCCGGACGGCCUCAGAGUUCAAAAACGACCCGCCCCUCUGGAUGUUGGGGAGAAAUUAUGACGAUGUGGACACCUUUAAAGGAGAGUUCUCCAAACUGGCCUGGAUAACAUAUAGACAGGGAUUCGAAAGUUUAUCGCCAUCAUCGUCGUCGUCGCUGACGUCAUCAUCGUCGCUGACGUCAUCAUCGUCGUUGUCAUCGUCCUCGCCGGCAAUACCAUCCCUGGUCGUUAAGGACGUGAUGAUGUCGUUAUCGGCAUCUCUACAGUUGCAAACGCCAUCAUCGUCGGCAAAACCCUCAUCAUCAUCAUCGUCGGCGCCACCAUCGUCGACACAAUCCACAGGCUCUAAAUUUGGAAGCCAAACACGACAACAUCAACAUCGUCAUCAUCAUCAGCAGCAACAACAACAACAGCAGCAGCAGCAACAACAACAACAGCAGCAACAACAACAACAACACGUGACAACAGAUGUUGGCUGGGGCUGCAUGUUGAGAUGUGCCCAGAUGUGCCUGGCUCACGCCAUCCAAGAGUAUUGGACCAACAAUGUGAAGGUGAUGAGUAAGGAUGGCGACGACGAUGAUGGCGACGAUGACGACGAUCGCUCGUAUGAUGACUACAGCUACCUCGAUAGCUACUUCUCAAACAGCACUGUCAGCGGCCACUGUAACUUCAACGGUUAUGAUGAUGGUGAUAAGAUAACUGCCAAGAAAAAUAUGAACUACAACAGUUUUGGCACUCACGACAACAACAACAACAACAACAACAACAACAACAACAAUACCCUUUUAACAUUUCGCGAUCUGAUUGCUCUGUUCGGUGACCAAUCAAAUUCCAGCUGCAUAUUCUCGCUCCAUUCAUUGGUUCGUGAGGGUGAGAACUGGGGCAAGAUGAUCGGCCAGUGGUAUGGUCCCUCUUCUGUCUCUUUGACUGUUAGAAAUGUAUUGAGACGGCACCAAAGAACCAUGAAGAAAAAAUUGAUUAAAAGUGAAUUGACAGACGCCAGGCAAAGAGCAAAAAAUCUUCUUGAUUUCGAUAUCUAUGUUGCCCAAGAUUCAUCUGUUUACAUGAAAGAUGUCUUGGACGCGUUCAAGUGCCAUUCCUGUCGCCGUCGUCAUCCCAACAACAACAACAACGAUAAUAAUAAUAAUAAUAAUGUCACCACCAACAACAACUACAACGACGACGACGAAAACAACAAAGUCAAGAACCACAACAACAAGACAAUCAGCGGCAACAACUACAGUAUAUCACUUGAUGACGCAACCAAAAAGACGAUGAUGAUAAUAAUCCCGAUACGAUUGGGUGAGGAGGUGAUAGAAGGAAGGUACAGGGAGCAUUUGAAGGAGGUCUUCCGGUGGAGAUGGUGCGCCGGGGUCAUGGGGGGCAGGCCAAAACAUUCCCUCUACUUUGUCGGGGUUCAAGGUGACGAGUUGAUAUACUUGGAUCCACAUUGUUGCCAGGAUACCUACCACAACAAGCAGCCGUUGAAAAUCCCCGUGAGCAAGUUGGAUCCAACGCUGGCUGUGGUCUUCCGCUGCCAUGGCGUCAACGACUUCAUGGAACUGUGUCUUCGCGUCAAGCAGCCCAAUUAUUCCAUCUUUGAAUUCAUCGAAGCACGUAGGACAGACAUCAUGAACAGUCUCCUUGGUGGUUACAAAGAUGGUGAUGGUGGUGAUGACGAUGAUGAUGAUGAUGAGGAUGAUGAUGAAGAAGAUGGGGAUCAAGAUGAUGACAGGACUGGCGAUUAUGACAAGAAAGGUGAUGAGAAUGAUGAAAUAUUCUCGAGGUUUUCCAACAAGCAAGAUGCUGUUCGCCAUGUUGGUGGCUCUUCUUCUAGCGACAAUGCUGCUGUUGUUGUUGUUGUUGAAAACAGCCACAACAAUGACAACAACAACAUAGCCAACAACCGCGACAACAACAACUCUAUGGCAAGAAACAACAAUAACAUCAGCAGAAACAUCAGCAACAAAAUCAUCAACAACAACAUCAACAACAACAACAACAACAUCUACAACAACAAUAACAUCAUUAACAUCAACAACAUCAACAACAACAACAACAACGACAUCAACAUCAACAACAACAACAACAACGACAUCAACAUCAACAACAACAACGACAUCAACAUCAACAACAACAACAACAACAUCAUCAACAACCACAACAACAUUUAUUACAUUGCAAAUGACAACAAUCUCUUCAACGUUAACAAAAGCAUCAACAACGACAUCAAAGACAACAACAACAUCAACAAAAACAUCAGUGGCAACAAGAAGAACAACAAUAACAUCAUCAUCAGUGACAGGAUGAAAAAUAACGCUAAAAAUAACAUCUUUUACGGUGCAACUAAUGUAAGCAAUGUCAUCAACAACUAUUACAACAAUAACAACAACAUAAACAACAACAUCAACAACAGCAACAUCAACAACAACAAAAUCAAUAUCAAUAAAAACAACAUCAGCAACAACAACAACAUCAACAACAUCAGCAACAACAACAACAUCAACAACAUCAACAAAAACAACAUCAACAACAACAUCAUCAACAAUACAAGCGAUGAUGAACUGCAUUUCGUACAUAACUAUUACAAAGCUUACGACAUCAAUGGCAAGAAGAAGAGGAACUUUAAAAUCACUAAUUAUAAAUAUACUACUACUACAACUGCUACCACUACUACUACUACUACUACUACUACUACUACCACUACUACUACUACUACUACUACUAAUAAUAAUAAUAAUAAUCGUACCUUAGGUACCUUAGGUAAUGACAUUAACCUACAUCAUGGCCGGCGUCUUCGAAUUUUCAAAAACAUGGCUAAUAAUAAAAAUAUUAAUAACAAUAAUAAUAAUAAUAAUAAUAAUAAUAAUAAUAAUAAUAAUAAUAAUAAUAAUAAUAAUAAUAAUAAUAAUAAUAAUGGCGACUCUGUUGAUAGCAACGAUGGUUUUGUAUUGGUCUGA